AAACUUGUCUUCCGUAAAAGCCCUCAUUAUUAAAAAAGUAAAAUGGCCAAAAUUCAGAAGAAAGGUGUCAAGGGUGCCGCUUCCAACUUUAUCACUAGACAGCAAGCUUUAAAUAAACUUCAGAUUUCACUUGCUGAUUUCAGACGUCUUUGUAUCUUGAAGGGUAUCUACCCUCGUGAACCAAAAAAUAAAAAGAAAGCUAACAAGGGUAGUACAGCACCUGCUACGUUUUAUUACGUCAAAGAUAUCAAAUACCUACUCCAUGAACCUUUGUUGGCAAAAUUCCGUGAAUACAAGGCUUUUGCCAAGAAACUCAAUAAGGUUCUUCACAAAGGAGAGUUUUCAGCCGCUAAAUCUUUAGAAGAAAACAACAAACCUAUCUACAAUCUCGAUCAUAUUGUGAAAGAAAGAUAUCCCAGUUUUAUUGAUGCUCUUCGUGAUCUUGAUGAUGCUCUGUCUAUGCUUUUCUUAUUCUCCAAAUUACCUGCUGAUAACAAAAUCAAAACUGACGUAGUCAACGAUUGUCAAAAGCUGAUAGCAGAAUUUCAAACUUAUGUUAUGAAAACAAAAAGUUUACGUAAAGUAUUCUUUUCUAUCAAGGGUAUCUAUUAUCAAGCGGAAAUCAAAGGCCAAACCAUCACCUGGGUUGUGCCUUAUCAAUUCUCUCAAGACAUUCCUACUGAUGUAGAUUUCCGUGUGAUGUUGACAUUUUUGGAAUUCUACCGUACUUUGGUCGGAUUUGUGAACUUCAAGUUAUAUAACGAGAUUAAUAUGGCUUACCCACCCAAGAUCGACGAAACAGGUGGUUUUCAUUUAGACGAUGCUAUGCCAUCUAUCUCGAAGAAGGAAGAGGAGGAAGAGGAAGAAACAACUUUAGAUGAAUUCAAACCCGCUAACAACAAUAGCACAGCAACAGCAGAUGAUGAAGAUGUUACUACAUUAGCCAAAAUUCAGGAAGCAUCCAAUGCCACUGCCGACCUGCAAAAUCUUUUCAAAGACCAGAAAUUUUAUUUAUCGCGUGAAACACCACGUUAUGCCUUAGAGUUUAUGAUCCGCUCUUGCGGUGGUCAAGUCAGUUGGGACUCCUCUGUAGGCUUAAACGCACCUUUCCCCGAAUCUGACGAGAGUAUCAACUAUCAAAUUACUGAUCGCCCAUCAGUACCUAAUCGUGUACUAUCGCGUACUUAUGUGCAGCCUCAAUGGGUGGCAGACUGUAUCAAUGCUCGCAGAAUUCUUAAACCCAGUCUUUAUGAACCAGGCGCUGUACUGCCGCCUCAUUUAUCGCCAUUCGUUGAAGCCAAGGAAGGCGAUUAUGUUCCCGAAACUGGCUUAGAAAGUGACGCUGCCGAGGAGAGUGCAACAGAAGACGCUGAAGAGGUGGAUGAACUCAAGAAAACGAAGAAACGUACUGCAGCUGAAAUUGAGGAAGAAGAAGCGAAGGAAAUGGCAACAGUAAUGAUGACCAAUAAACAACGUAAAUUGUAUAAGAAGAUGCAAUACGGUAUCGAACAAAAGAAGCAAGAAAAGGAGAAAUUGGAACAGAAGAAGAAGGCAUUAAAGAAGGCCAAGAAAUAGAUAUUUAAUUUUUUUAGACUGUGCAAGCAUUCAGUUAUUAUAUUUUACCUGUACUUAACACAUCAUAACCUCUUAAUUGUAUUGUAAUAAACUCAUAUUUGCUCGU